AUGACCUCGCUCUUUCGACGUCGUCAACAGCCCAGCCCGGCUGCACUCUCCACAAAAGGCAACCCUGUCGAGAGUGCAGUGGCAUCCUCUUCAUCCACACCGCCUGGUACGCUAACACCAUCACAGGAUUCCCGCUCGAGGUCCCGCAGCCAGCCCACUAGCGGCCCAAGCUCAGACAAGUCCAAUGUCAAGACCAUGGGCAAACGCCGGCGUAGCCUCGGCAACCUCCUCUCUCCCAGCCUCUUCCCUCGCACACCGGAAGAAGAGCUCGAUCCACUACUCACCGCAGAGUAUGUAAUCCCGGAGCAUAUCGAAGCCUUUCGCGAAGCACUAGCCACAGAUCUUGGACAGCAAGAGUAUCAGCCCAGCUCAUCCUCGCAGAUCACCGGCUCAUCGUCAUGGAACGUCUUUGGUUAUACUGACGCCGCCAAGUCGCCGACAGAGAACGGCGAAGGAGGUGCAGCUGCUGGCCCGAUAGCGUCCCUCAUGGAGCCCAAGUCACCCCACAUGGCCCGACCAUCCGGUACACAGGUCUCCAAUCCCCGCAAAGUGGGCAGGAUCGCAGCUGCAUCCGACUUUGCGCCCAUCCACGAAAAGGUUUCGCGCAAGGGCAAGAAGACCAGCAUCGUCGACUCCGGCACCCGCGAAGGCUUCAUUUUCCACACGCUCCGCUACCCGCUCCUGCUCAUCAUCUUCCUCAUCAUCGGCCUGGAGUUCUUGCUGUAUGUCAUUGUCCGCCAGCUCGUCAACGUGAUCGAGUACACCAUCGCCUGGCGGGGCACCAAGGGUCAGCUCCGCAAGCGCAUGCGCUCCGCAGACAACCACACCGAAUGGAAGGAAGCCGCGCUGGCACAGGACGAGUUCCUCGGCUAUGAGAGAUGGAAGACCGAAGACGGCAGCGGCUUCUACGAUUGGAUCCUCGUCAAAAAGGUCAAGUCGUCGCUCAAGAGCUUCCGCGAGAAGGACGAUGCGGAGAACUUGCUUGGCGUCCUGGACCUCUGUUUGCGCAACAACUUUGCCGGUACCGAAAACUUCCGCCUCUACUCGGAGACCUACUUUGGGUCCAAGUAUCUCGUCGAGAGCUACCUGGCCGAGAUCGAGACUUCGCUGGCAUACAUUCAGUCGACGGACAAGGUGUCGCUCGAGACCAAGCGAAGCUUCUACCGCACCGUCAGCAAGAACUUGGGUCGCAGCGCACUGUGUCUGUCCGGCGGAGCCAGUUUCGGGUACUACCACAUCGGUGUCGUGCGUGCACUGCUCGAUUCGAAUUUGCUGCCCAAGGUGGUGACAGGCACCUCGGCGGGUGGACUCAUCGCCGCGCUGACAUGCACUCGAACCGACGCGGAGCUGCGACAGAUGCUCGUCCCUGCUCUGGCCGACCGCAUCACCGCGUGCGAGGAACCCUUCUCGGUCUGGGGGCGACGUGCCUGGUCCACCGGUGCGCGCUUCGACACGGUCAAAUGGGCCGAAAAAGCCUCCUUCUUCACCAUGGGCAGCAUGACGUUCAAGGAAGCCUACGAGCGCACGGGCAAGGUGCUCUGCAUCUCGGUCAUUCCCGCCGACCGCCAUUCGCCUGUCAAGCUUCUCAACUACAUCACCGCCCCGGACUGCGUCAUCUGGUCCUCGCUGCUGGCGUCCGCUGCGGUGCCAGGCAUCCUCAACCCGGUCUGUCUGAUGCAGAAGCGCAAAGGUUCGCGAGAAAUCGUCCCGUGGAACUGGGGACAUCGAUUCAAGGACGGGUCGCUUCGAGUCGACAUCCCGCUGCAAGACCUGCAUGCGCUGUUCAACGUCAACUACCCCAUCGUCAGCCAGGUCAACCCGCACGUGCAUCUCUUCCACUUCGGCUCCAAAGGUUCCCCGGGUCGCCCGACCGCGCAUCGCAAGGGCAAAGGUUGGCGUGGCGGCUUCAUCCUCUCCGCCUCGGAGCGCAUUCUCAAGCUCAAUUUGGCGAUGAACUUCAAGAUCCUGCGGGACCUCGAUCUGCUCCCCGCCAUUUUGGGGCAGGACUGGUCGAGUGUCUUCCUGCAACGUUUCGGCGGUGCGGUGACGAUCUGGCCCAAGACACGGUUCUGGGACUGGGUGCGUAUCCUGUCCGAUCCGGACCGCAAGGAGUUGACGCGCAUGAUGCGGGUGGGGCAAGGUGUGACGUUCCCCAAGGUGCACAUGAUCGAGAACCGCAUUCGACUGGAGCGGGCGAUUGAAGAAGGUCGUAAGGCGUGCCGGCGGGCAUCGCGGGCCACCAGCGGUGGCAAGGAGCGUUCGCCGGUCAACCCGCUACAAUCGCUGGAUCGAGCGUCGAGGACGAGUGGCGAGAGCAUGACCCGACCCCGUGUCGGACCGCAGAGCGCAACCAGCCUGCCGAGCGACACGGACAACGACGAUUUCUUUUCGAGCAAGGAGGUGGCUGCGUUUACCAAGGUCGCAGGGGCCGUGCUGAGGAAUGGCGACUCGGCGGUGGGUACUCCGAACAGCGUGGGUCAGAUGGAAGAACCGCCGUCGCCCAAAAGUGGCGCGUCGAGACCCAAACCGUACCCGACGUACUCGCGAUACCUCAUCGACUCGCAGGGAUCGACAUCGCGCGCAGCAGACCAUCCCGAGGAGCAAUCGGGCCGAGCGGUGCGCGAAUGGCUCGACCGCAGCCAGGGCGAUCCCGAAGACGCGGUGGAUCUGGAGGACGAAGAAGGAGGGUCGCAGAUGCCGUUCAUGUCUGCCGCGGCCCAGUCGGAGGGUGUACGUCGCAACGGCAACGGCAGGGACGCCAGGGGGAGGAUGCACCGGCCGAGCUUCGGGUCGUCCCCCGUACAGCAUCGGUUGCGACAGUGGCAUGGGAAGAGCAGGCACAGCUGGGACGACAGGGGGCAGGAGUUCGAGGAGGACGAGGACGAGGUGCCUGAAGCCGAGGCGGACGAUGAUCGUGGGAUUUACGAGAGCAGUAGUGCGGAUGAGAGCGAUCCUGCCGAUCGAGCGCAGUAG